UCAUUCUUCACAGUGCACUUGCGAACUCAAUACAAGAUCAAAGAGAGAGAGAUAGAAAAUGAGUAUCAAGGUGUUUGGAUUGCCUGCAUCAACCGACGUUUCAAGAGUUCUUACAUGUCUCUUCGAAAAGGAAGUCGAGUUCCAACUCAUUAGGAUUGACACUUACAAGAAAGAUCACAAGGUCCCUGAGUUCCUCAGGCUGCAGGACCCUUCUGGUCAAGUUACCCUCAAGGAUGGAAAGCUGACAUUUGUUGAUUCGAGGGAAAUAUGCAGGCACAUUUGCGAGAACUAUCCAAACCAAGGCAACAAGACAAUCUUUGGUACUGGAGGCCUCGAGAGAGCUUCAAUCGAGCAAUGGCUACAAUCAGAAGCUCGAAACUUUGACCCUCCAAGCUCUGCUCUCGUUUUCCACUUAGCCUUCGCUGGACCAUUAGGCAUUGCUCCUGACGAGGCUCAAAUCCAACAGAAUGAAAAGAAACUUGCCAGAGUUCUCGAUGUUUAUAACAGGAAACUCGACGAGAGCAGAUACUUAGCUGGAGAUGAAUUCACUCUUGCUGAUCUCUCUCAUCUCCCAAAUAGCCAUUAUCUCGUUUCGAGGUCUGAGAGGGGGCAUGAUUUGUUUUAUAAGAGGAAGAAUGUGGCGAGGUGGUGGGACGAGAUUUCGUCGAGGGAAUCUUGGAAGCAGGUUGUCCAUAUGCAGUCCGAACAUCCUGGUCCGCUGGAGAAAUUCGCUAUGAUCGACUGAGUAAUGUAUGCGCUGCAUGAUGGUUGAUGUUGUUUAUGUGUUUGUUGAAGUUGUGGCUUGAUUUCUGUUUUAAGUGUUUUGUUGUUGUUAUUGUUGUCAUGAACUAAGUUCCUCUUCCUCUGCUUGUUUGGGAGGAUGGUUGGGCGGGAAAAUAAGUGUUUAUGUUUUGGUUAUAUGAUAAUAAAGAGACUUUUAUUUUCACUUGAA